AUGAAGAAGCAAAGUUCUGAGACGGCCAAAUCCGCGGAAAGCGAUGACAUCCGCACCACCUUUCUUAUCCCCGACGAUGUCCAUGUUACCCGACCGCUCGCAGACGAUCUCUUGCAUCUCCUCCACGAACACGACGCUCCCGCCACAUUGGACUCCAUCACACAGGAGCACAUAUCGGCGCUCAAUGAUGCCAUUCUCCGCAGCACCUUGAGCUCGGAGAUGGACGGCGUCGCCGUUCUCCAGAUCUCCCCCACCGUCGCCCUUAAGAAGGACGCUCAUUUCGACAUCUCCCAUCUAUCCACUCUUGAUCACAUUCGCCAGCAUGCACCAUCCCUCCCUAUCCCUCGCACAUUUGGCGUGCUUUUCGACCAAACUCGAAAAGUGCAGUAUACUUUCAUGACCUUCUUCCCAGGGCGCUUGCUUGAAUCGCACUGGAUGCAUCUGCCUGACGCUCAAAAGAAAUCCGUGCAUAACCAGCUUGAAGCAAUAUUCCAGAAGUUAAGAAGCAUACCACCGCCAGCGCUUGAUAAUGGACGUGUGCUGUCGGGCAGUGGAAUGCCAGCAAGAAUUAAGGACUUCAGAAGGUGGCAACGUAUCGCGGAAGAGCAGAUUUUAAACGAGAAGGCGUUCAACGAUUUCAUCACUUGGGGUGAUGCGAAGUGUGAAGAGUGGAGAAAGAUGGUUCGAUCGUUCAUGCGCGAGGAUCAUGCUUGUGUUAUGACCCAUGGUGAUCUUCAUCCCCGUAACAUUGUGGUGCAGUUGGUGCCACGCAGUGAGGACGAUUCCUGCCAUGAUGACUUGACAGAGAAGAAUGUCAAAGUUCUUGCAAUUAUAAACUGGCAUAUGAGUGGAUGGUAUCCAGAAUACUGGGAGUUUGUCAAGGCACUGCACACCAUCGGGAUAAGAAGAGAUCCUACGCAGGACUGGUGGCAGUAUCUUCCCCCUUGCAUUGGCACCUGGCCAACGGAGUAUGCCCUGGAUGAAAUGAUAGAUCGCUGGCAAUGGGCAAUGGAUCCAUAG